GCACAUCAAUUAAAAUUCCAAGAAAUCCAAUUCCAAAAAUUUCUAAAAUGUUAACAAAGGAUUUUUCGAAUUGUACUCGCAAAGGAUGGUAUUUGGUAGACAUCAAGACAGAUGAAGAUGAUAAGAGGAAAAAGGAUGAAAAAGAAAUACAGUUAGAGAUGAGACGAGCUGCAAUGGUAAAGCGAUGCGAUGCCAAAAUAGCUCGACGUCAUUUGCAGGCCGAGCAACGAGAAAUCUGCGAGAAGGAAAAAUUAUUACAUGCACAAAAACUUAUUGAUCUGAAACAAAGAGAAAUCGAAGUGACUAAUAGAUUGGCUGCUGAAUUAUCGCUACGUAAAAGUAAAGACUUACGAAUUAUAUAUUAUUCACAUAUAAAAAAUUAUUUAUUUAUAAAAAAUUGUAAUUGUUUCUUUUUUUUAUGUAUUCUUCCAUCUCUUUUAUCUUCUUUAAUUGUUGCGAUAUUAAAUAAAAUCAGUUCUUUUGCAAACUACACAGACGAAGAAAUAAAAUUAAGUCGGGAAAAAUCCUUCACGCAAUCAUUAUCGGAUUGUGCUAUGAAAGAAGCUCGAUCACGUCUGAUAGAGAAAAAAGUUAAUUUGGAAGAGAGCCAGGCAAAAUUAACGAAACUCUUGCAUCAAGACGAAACCGUCGAGAAAUUACAACAAGCUGAACAAGAGAAAAAAAAGCAGAAUUUGCGCACUGAUCUACAAAGACAAAUAAUGGAUAAUCGUCGACGAAUUCAAGAGAAAAGAAAUAAAGAAAAAGAGCAAGAUCGUAAGAUGAUAGAGCAGACGAUGCAAAAAAUUCAGGAAGAAGAUGCAAGAAUAAAAAAAAAGAAAGAUGACAAUAUGAUUCUUCUGAGAGAAGAGAUGACUGCAUCUUUAGCAGCUAAGGAUGCGUGGGAAAAGAAAUAUAGAAAAGCAUUAAAGGAUGAAGACGAGAGAAUAUCUCGUACAGUUGCGGAAAAGGAAGCUCGACAGGAGAAACUGCUCAACAUGAAGACAGAAUUACGCGAGAUAAAAGAAGCAGCGAUAGAUAAAGUAGCUAAAAAACUGCUAGAUAACAUAUAUAAAAAAAAAGGAUGUACAAAUGAUUAAUGAACAAAUCCACGAUCGAUUAAUAAAAGAAAAAAUUCUUUGAAAAAAAGCGUUGUGUGUGCACAUGAACAAAUUAUCUUGUACAUUUCACAUUUUAUCUAGCAUUUAUUGGUAUACAGGUAUGUACAAAUCGCGUUAUUCUUCACGCGAAUUCCUGUUAUAUUUGUACAAAGUCCGUGUAAAAAUACAGCAGCCCCAUCUUAUAUCAAUUACAAGUUUAUGGUUUUUUACGCGAUAAAAGUUAAAAUAAAAUAACAGUCUCGCCUCUCGGACGUAUCUAAUAUUCCGAAUAGGUUCGGAUCGAGACCACUUGUGCCCUCGACUUUGUCGAUCCGAGUGUGUCGUAUCAUUUGGCAUGCGAGGAUUUUCCCUCCUCCCCCCGCUACUGCUAACUAUUAAAUGGAACAAGAAGCACUCGAGUUUAACGGGAAUGAUUACAAUAUAAGUACGAACAAUCAAUUUGUCCUCGGUUACUGUCUAGUCAUCAUAGUCAUUCAGCGCUCUAAUCAUUUGCAGAUCAAAAAUACAAUGUUUAGCUACAAUUACUGGACUACGAUACUUUUUCAAAGUCAUACGAUAAAUAUGCAUACACAUAAAAAGAGAUUUCACGCCACAUGGCAAUAUCAGCAGUUUUUCCUGCUAGAUGAUUUGCACGACAGUCUUCAAUCCCAAUAAAUUGUAAAAGCUUAAAGAAAUCUUUGUAAAAACUUAAGGAAUUUUUUUUAUAAAAGUAGUUUUGUCAAUCUUACAAAUCUUGCUCUAAAAAAUACAACAAAAUUGAAAGAAAUUUAAUUUCCAUUUAAAAUUUCUUAUUGUUCCUUUCUAUUCUCACAUUUUUUAGAAAAUUCAAGUAGAAAUCAGAUUUCUUUUCGGUGUGUGUUUUCUCUCUCCUUAAUAUAUGCUUCACAAAGCUUUUUGAUUUUCUCGUUGAUUUUUCCUUAAUAGUACAAUCAUGUUCCUAUUGACUUAGUAGUGUUAAGUGAUGUAAAAUAGUUUCAAUUAAAUAUGCGCGAUUCAAUUCGUCAAAUAAGAAAAUAGAAUUGUGCAAUUAAGUUCUUAUGCUAGAGAAAAUGUGCUUAAAUAAAAUAAAUAAAAAUAUUUAAUUAAAUAUUAAUUAAAAUACAUCUUUUUAGAAAAUAAUGCAAACAUGAUAUCUCUAAGAUAUGACUAAUACCUAUUUUUCUUUUAAAAUCCGUCCAUUCUUCAGUAAAUACUUCGGAUUUUGCUUUGAUUUUACUAUAAAUUGAUUACUUUCUCGAUUCGUGCUUAUUAACUAAUCUUGCACUAAUCAGAACUCGCCGCAAUUCGGGAUGAAAUUAGAGAUUCAAAUGGGGUAAAAUCUUUUCCAUAUGUAUGCGUUUUUCAUCGCACUCGUCAAAUUUACGUAGAAAAUUGUUUAAUCGCGUCUACAGAUUUGAUUCAUUUCGUCGCGACUGAAUCUCUCAGUGGACAGACUAUACAAAGGUAAUACCUACAAUUUAUCAUCUACACAUUACGGAAUCUGAAUAUCUCAGCAUUUCUGUUGUCUACUUGCUGAUUCUACGUCCAAGCUACAUAUGUUCUCUCUUGCUCUCCUCCUUUCUUCUUUUUUUCUUUUUUGCUUCGUUCAGAUUACAACGCAAACCUUACAACCAAAGCGGAAUACAUUCUCUAGUUAUUCGUACGAUGUAUAUAAGUAUGUAUCACAAUAUAUAUAUAUAUAUAUAUAUAUAUAUAUAUAUAUAUGGAUAUAGAUAUAAAACGAAAUGCAAAGUUAACGGAUAUUCGGAUUAAACGUUCGCCACGUUUAAUUAAGUAAUACACAGCAGUUUUUCGCACAGCGACUAGGCACAAAAAGCGAAUCGCACUACUGGAUUAUAAUCGACUAAGAAUUCGGAGAUUAAAAUCAAAAUUUCCAUGAGCUCGGAUUUAAAUGGGAUACAUAGAGACAUAUGUUAUGCAAAAAACAUUUUUUUUCCAUUCUUUUUUCUUUCCGACAUACGGAAACACAUAUGUUAAUAGCCAAUAUUCAUAAAUAGCCAUUGCAAAUUAGAAAUUCUUUAUUCAAAAUUAAGAUAUGUUAAAAUAAAUUCCAUAAGAACUUGAAAACAAAAAAAGUCAAGAACUUCGAAUCUAAUUUUUAUCUCGAAAAAAACGUGUCCAAUUUUGCAAAGUAAUUUUUUUUUCGAUUCAUAUCAACUUUUACCUUGAUAUAACAUCGAGAAACUCAUUGAAAUUACAUCGAUUUCGAUUCUCAAUUAAUUCAAAAGAAAAUAAUAUAACAGCUCGAUUUUAAAAAUAAAAGCGCUUCUUUACGAGUCAAACAAUCAUGUCUAUGAGUUCGUGUAAAAGUAACAUCACACAUCUUCUAAAUUAAGUACAUUUACGAGUGUGUACAAACACACACAGACACAUACACACACAUACGCGCGCGCAUACACAUAUACACACAAGCGGAUUUUUAUUACAAACACCACUUUCAGUAGUUAAUGGAACCAAUUAUGUAAGUAUACAAAACAUAGUCAGCCAAGAGUAUAAGUGCUAAGACAAAGCAUAGUUUCUGCAAAGUCUUUGUUUACUUAUACAAGUAAAUGCGUAAUAGACGUAAAUGUACUGCCUUUACAAGCUUUGGAGUUGAAACAUCGUUCAUUUAUCAAAUUAGGCUUUCAACUGCAUCUGACGAAUGAAUAUAUAACACGUACCGUCAUGGAAAUGUAAAUAUUAAUAUUUGUUAUCACGAUAGCUGAAUUUAAUGUAAAAAUGAAUCAUACGAAAUAUGUCUUUUAAAAAGACAUAAUUAAUCAAUGAUAUAUAAUGACUUCUUUUAAUUCCAAACAAUAUACGAUUCAAUAACUGAGAAUUUUCAUGAGUUUAGUUACUUACAUAAUUCUAAAUAGAGAGAAUAUGCAGUUUGGAAAUUAAAUUAAUUACAUGAUUCAAUUACACUGAAUUGUGUGUGUACGUACACACAUGGCGGUGUCAAUAGUUUUAAUUGAAUUAAAAGAAACCUAUCAAACCCUGUUUACAUCGUUUAGUAAAUUUUAUACGUACAAAAUAGAUAAAGUUAUAUAUUUAUCUUAUUUCCUUUCCUUUUUACUUCCUUCUCCUAAAUAAUACUUUUUGUUACGGAAUGAUAUAAAAAUGAAUACCGCCAACGAGCGUAUUAAUAUUAUUAAUGUUAUUAUCCUUGAGUAUCGAGUCCGUAUCGAUCCGACUUUGUUUGUUACUUUACUAUACAGAGUGACAACUCAUACGUGCACGUUUAAUAUGUCAGGCAGGCAGUAUGAGAAGUCGGCGAUCAUAAACGGAUCUUAAAAGAGGAUACAUUAACCGUACUCAUACGUGUUGGCUAAUAACAGCUAGUAAAGUCGAUUUCAUAACGAUUAACC